AAGGGCCAAAACCUUCUUUCUUCAACCUCUCUCUCUCUCUCUUCUUUGAAGUUUUUUGAAACAUGUCCAUGGCGAGAGCUCUUUCUCACAUCAAUGGCAACUCAGUGUUUCAUGUUCCUUGUAGACCAAAACCCAAACGUCAGUGUCCCUUACAAUUGCCUCGUAGGGUUUUCAAGGUUACCGUGUCUUGUAACCAGUCUUAUUGGGACUCCAUAAAUUCCGACAUCAAAGCCCAUCUCAAUCGAGCCAUUCCAAUCCGAGAACCUCUCACCGUUUUCGAGCCCAUGAACGGUUUGACGUUCGCCGCCCCACGAAGCAUCGUGCCGGCGUUAUGCGUGGCUGCCUGCGAGCUCCUCGGCGGUCAUCGGGACGACGCUUUACCAACAGCAUCCGCACUUUGGCUCAUGUAUUCGGCUUCAUUCACACACGAACACCUUCCGUUAACCCAAAGUUGUAGGCCCAAAUCCGAUGUUCGACAUCUCUACGGCCCUAACAUAGAGUUGCUCAUAGGGGAUGCAAUGAUACCAUUCGGGCUCGAGUUAUUGGCUAAAUCAGACGAUCGGACUCAAAACAUCUCGACUCGAAUUUUACGCGUGAUGAUCGAGAUCACACGCGCUAUAGGUUCACAAGGUAUGAUAUACAAACAAUAUCACGAUGUAGAACGUCAUCGAUCAAACAAUAACAAGUCAUACCACGUCGAAAAACUCGAAAAAUACGAAGGCACGUUACAUGCUUGUGCGGCCGCCUGUGGGGCGAUAUUAGGAGGCGGAAGCGAAGAGGAGAUAGAGAAAAUGAGAAGGUAUGGUCUAUACGUAGGAAAAAUACAAGGUAUGGUAAGUAGAGCUGAAAGAAACGACAAAGAAUUGAACAAAUCGGUGGAAGAGAUGAGGAGAUUGGCUACCAAAGAAUUGAGUGGUUUCAAUGAGGCAAAGGUCCAAGCAAUAUCUACUUAUUUUGAGUCUGAUUUCAUGUAUGCUCAGUUCUAAGGCAAAAUCAAGUAUUUAAGUUCUAAGGCAAAAGUCCACGCCGCCCUUGGGUCCGGGAUCCGGGCCCAGUACUUGAAAUCUUGGCUAAAUUAUUGAGGGCAUCUAUUACAUUAGAUAAACUCAGUUAGAAGGCUAAGUCAUUGUUAGGUUUCUUUCAAUGUUAAACCAUAAGUCUUUGGAGAA